AUGUAUCGUCCGGUAUUGCCAUUACGGCCAACCUCGGCUACAAACUCCCAGAUGUGCAGCAUCUGCAGGCUGUUCUCUACGAGGCAUUCUUUUGCUACGCGGGCCACGGCGGCCACGGUUACGGGAGCAGCCAGGGCUUCCUAUCGGGCGUCCACACGCUUGUCCAAGUCACGGGACUUGAACUCACACUCCCCGGCAAAUUUUCCUCAAGUCAUUAACUUUAGCAGAUUCACAACCAACACCUACGGAUCCCGCACUGCCAGCAGUCUGUCAGGGAUUGGUGGUCAUGACCAAAGGCAAAAUCCCACUUCAAGAUGGGCAAAUAUCGACGAUCAAGAUGCUAAACGAGGCACCAGCAGUACUCGAUCCCAAAGAGGGCUUACAUUGGACAAAGUCAUCGCACCUGUCCUGCACUUCAAAAGCCUCUUCCUAAGCCAAACCGGGAUUCCUACUGAGGAAUCAGUUAUGUCUGUCCUCCGAGCGUGUGAAAGAGCUGCCGGCCUGCUGAAAAACUCUAUUCGCCCACCUCACCUGGCCAAUUUCGUUGACUCAAAGCCGGCCCCGUCGGCGUCCGAGGCGCUCCUGUCAUUUGAUGGUUCCUCCUCCUCUGACGUUGCGGCUGGCUCGAGAUCCAAGGGGGAUGCCGGUCUUGGCACUGCCACCGAGCCCGCCUCUGGUCCCCCUGCUCGCCGUCUGCCGCAGACACCAGGCCAUUCCUCGUCGCCUGAUUCAGCCCGGGCGGAUUCAGCCGGUGAUUUUGCCCGCCAGCACAAGAGGGCUAUGGAUACCAUCUGGGAUGCGUCUUAUGCCAUAAUAGCACACCCAAACGCUCCUAUCUCCCGAGAAGUGCUUAGCCAAUACGUUCGAGUUCAAGCACGCCUUGGCAGACCCGAAACACUGCCGCAUGUACUCUCCUUGUACGCGUCAAAGCCUGUGCCCCAAAAGGCAGACACCGAUGGAUCUAUCAGAUAUGUCAAACAGAAUCCAGACAUGCCGGCUCGUGCUGUAGAUCCUGAUAUUGCUGAGGCCGCCCUCAAUGUCGCCAUUGAAGCCAAAAACCUGGAUGUCGCUGUGGGGAUCAUCGAGAGCACUUACUCCGCCAAGGCGUUUAUUCGAUCGAAACUUCUCCAGAAAGCUUUGUUGCCUGCAACCUGCUUAGCUUCGCUUCCCGUCGUCAUCUACGUCUUGGCAUCCAAGAUGUCAAGUUUACAAAACACAAUGGACGGCUCCAAAGCCACUACUAUAGCCUUUGCCGGCAUCAUCACCUACAUAGGCUUCACUGGCAUCAUUGGUUUGAUCGCAACAGCUACAGGCAACGACCAAAUGAAACGGGUUACGUGGACCCCAGGCACCUCAAUGUAUCAACGUUGGGCGCGUGAGGAUCAGCGUGCGGCUCUCGACAAAAUUGCAUGCUCGUUUGGGUUUUCCCAGCCGUCGCGCUGGGGUGAGGAAGAAGGCGAGGAAUUUGCCGCUCUCCGAGAGUACGUUAUGAGAAAGGGAAUGAUGCUCGACAGAGUAGAGUUGAUUGAGGGGUUUGGAGCCUAA